UCAUCUCUUUUCGAUCUUCUCAUAUUUCUUUUCAGGGAUAAAAUAUAUUGAAACAUCAAUGGAAGAUGCUUCUGCAUCCGACUUUGGAACAACGAAAGAUUCAACCAAAUCAAUGUAUAUAUUAAAAAAGAUGAAAAACAAUAAAAGCUUAGAAAAAUUAUUUAUAAGGUGAAAAAUGCAAAUGAAGGUACAAAUAAACGCAAAGCGUUGAAAUUUCAACCCCGGAAGUUUCCUCCCAUAUCAACGUCAUUAAUUAGAAGAUGCCAAAAAAUCAUUACUACCAUCAGUAUCACCCGCUGCAUGCUUGUUUUUAUAUAACUUUUAUUAUAUUCUAUUCCACUUAGAUUCAUGUUUGCCCAAUCCAAUCCAAUCCACUCUCUUCUAAAAAAUUUAUCUUAUUCAUAUGGCUAGCAGCAACAACCCCUCUUCUUUAGCUCUGGUGACAUUGCCAAAAAAGAAAAAGAACUUUUAUGACGUGUUUGUGAGCUUCAGAGGUGAAGAUACUCGCAACAAUUUCACUGAUUUCCUUUUUGAUGCCCUCGAAGAAAAAGGUGUUUUUGCAUUUAGGGAUGACACUAAUCUUCAAAAAGGUGAAUCCAUAGCACCUGAACUCUUUCAUGCAAUUGAAGGGUCUCAGGUUUUCGUUGUGGUCUUGUCAAAGAACUACGCUUUCUCAACUUGGUGCUUGAAAGAAUUGGAAUACAUCCUGUGUUGUGUUCAAGCAUCUAAAAAGUAUGUUCUACCUGUGUUCUAUGAUGUUGAUCCUUCUUUGGUGCGAAAGCAAACUGGGAUUUAUAGUGAAGCAUUUGUCCAACAUGGACACAGAUUCAAACAAGACUCUCAAAUGGUGCUACGAUGGAGGGCAGCUCUGACACAAGUCGCCGAUCUCUCUGGUUGGGAUCUACGUGAUAAGCGACAAUCUCUAGAGAUUAAAAAGAUAGUUCAACGGAUAAUAACUAUUUUGGACAGCAAAUUAUCUUCAAGUGCUUCAAACGAUUUAGUUGGGAUGGAUUCUCCUAGACAAGAAUUAGAAAAGCUUUUACUUUUGGACUCUGUUGAUGAUGUUCAUGUUGUAGGAAUUUGUGGGAUGGGUGGAAUAGGGAAGACAACCCUUGGCAUGGUUCUAUAUGAUAGAAUUUCUCAUCAAUUUGGUGCAUGCUGUUUUAUUGAUGAUGUAAGCAAAAUGUUUAGAUUACAUGAUGGGCCACUCGAUGUUCAAAAGCAAAUUCUACAUCAAACUCUCGGUGAAAAUCACAAUCAGAUAUGCAAUCUUUCCACUGCAUCUAACUUGAUUAGACGUAGACUAUGUCGUCAAAGGGUCCUUAUGAUUUUUGAUAAUGUUGAUAAAGUUGAACAACUGGAAAAAAUAGGUGUUUGUCGUGAAUGGCUAGGUGAGGGAAGUAAAAUCAUUAUAAUUUCUAGAGAUGAGCAUAUAUUGAAGAAUUAUGGAGUAGAUGAAGUUUACAAAGUUCCUCUCUUGGAUUGGACUAACUCUCUUCAAUUAUUGUGUCGAAAAGCUUUCAAACUUGAUCAUAUUUUGAAUAGUUAUGAAGGGUUGGUUAAUGGCAUACUACAUUAUGCCAAUGGCCUACCACUUGCAAUUAAAGUAUUGGGUUCAUUUUUGUUUGGUCGGGAUAUAUCUGAAUGGAGAAGUGCAUUGGCUAGACUCAAAGAAAGUCCAGAGAAGGAUGUUAUGGAUGUGUUGCGAUUAAGUUUUGAUGGGCUAAAGGAGCAGGAAAAAGAAAUAUUUCUUCAUAUUGCUUGUUUUUUCAAUCAAGUUUGGGGGAAAUAUCUUAAAAAUGUUUUAAAUUGUUGUGGAUUUCAUGCCGAUAUUGGAUUAAGAGUUCUCAUUGAUAAAUCACUUAUAAGCAUUGAUGCAGAUGGAUUUAUUCACAUGCAUGGUUUGUUGGAAGAGCUAGGGAGAGAAAUUGUUCAAGAAAAUUCAAGCAAAGAGCAAAGAAACUGGAGGAGGAUAUGGUUCGUAAAACAAGUCAACGAUGUCAUGUUGGAGAAAAUGGAAAAGAAUGUUGAAGCCAUAGUUUUGAAUCAUGAAAAUGACGGUGAAGAUGAUGCAAAGAUGGUUACGAUAGUCGAACACUUGUCUAAAAUGAGACAUCUUAGAUUGCUCAUCGUCAGGUGUCCUGUGAACACCUCAGGAAACCUUAGUUGUUUUUCUAAAGAACUAAGAUAUGUUGAGUGGAGUGAAUAUCCUUUCAAGUAUUUGCCAUCGAGUUUUGACUCUAAUCAACUUGUUGAAUUGAUCUUGGAGUAUAGCAGCAUAGAACAGUUAUGGAAAGGCAAAAAGCAUCUGCCUAAAUUGAGAAAUUUAAAUCUAAGCCACUCCAAAAAUUUAAUAAAGAUGCCACAUUUUGGAGAGUUCCCGAAUCUUGAGCGGCUAGAUCUGGAAGGAUGUAUAAAACUUGUGCAGUUGGAUCCAUCUCUUAGUCUUUUAACGAAGCUUGUUUACUUGAAUUUGAAAGAUUGCAAAUGUAUAAUAGGCUUACUCAGCAACAAUCCAAGGCCUUUGAAUAUAAGAGCGUCACAUUCCUCAUCAACGACGCCCUCUAGCUUGAAACGGAACAUGUUGCCUAAGCAUUCCUCAUUGCAGACUCCCACAACACACACAAAUUUGUUUUCUUCCUUGCAUAGCUUGUGCGAACUUAACCUUAGCUUUUGUAAUCUACUUCAAAUCCCCAAUGCAAUUGGAUGUCUAUAUUGGUUAGAAGCAUUAAAUUUAGGGGGAAACAAUUUUGUGACAGUACCUAGUCUGAGGGAGCUUUCAAAACUUGUAUAUUUAAGCUUAGAGCAUUGCAAGCUGUUGAAAUCUUUGCCUGUACUUCCUUCUCCUACUGCUAUCGAGCACGAUCUUUAUAAAAACAAUCUUCCUGCAUUCGGAACUAGAUGGCCUAUAGGAUUGUUCAUUUUCAACUGUCCUAAAUUGGGUGAAACGGAACGUUGGAGUAGCAUGACAUUUUCAUGGAUGAUACAAUUCAUUCAGGCAAACCGACAAUUCUCCCAUGACUCCUCUGAUAGGGUUCAAAUUGUUACUCCAGGUAGUGAAAUGCCAAGUUGGUUCAACAAUCAGAGCAAGGGUAAUUUAAUACGAAUAGAUUCUUCUCCGAUUAUGCACGACAAUAACAAUAAUAUCGUUGGCUGUGUAUGUUGUGUAGUAUUUUCUAUGACACCUCGGAGUCAUCCAACAAUGAGAAGGAGUUCUCCAUCGAGACAGACCUAUUUGGGACUGGAAUUUACUGAUACUCAUGGCAGAGUGAUUGAAAAAAGCAAUACUGGUAUUCAAGUAACUCUCAAUGACAGACUUAUUACGGCCAAAUCAAAUCACAUCUGGCUAACCUAUUUCCCUUUGGAUUUGUCCUCGGAUCUUUUGAAUAGAACUCUCUGGGUUGAUACCAGUAGAUAUGAAAAUGAUUUGAAAAUAGAAGUGAAGAAUUGUGGGUACCGUUGGGUUUAUAAACAGGAUCUACAAGAAUUCAACUUAACAAAGAUGAAUCACAGAAAUUCCUUAGGUGGAAAACUCAAGUCUUUGGCAAUUGAAGGUGAGGCACAGUGAAUCAUAAGCUGUUGCAAUCACAUUCGGAUGCCAAUGAAUUUUUGCAAACAAUAAACACUAAUAUAGUUAUUAUUGGUAUUCAAUAUAAAGAGACUUCCACACACCUAUAAAAACUAACACAAAAGAUGUGUAGUUUUUUGUUUUGUUUGAUAUAUGGAUGUGUAAGUUAUUAAAAUAUAAAAACCGUAUUGAUAGUAAGUAGUUAAAUAUAAGGAUCAAUUUGACAGUUUCAUAGAGUUAGAGAUAUUUUGAAAUAUUCAUUGUAUAUCUAUAUCAUGACCUAUCUGAGAA